AGAGUCUCUUUUCCCUUGUCCGCUACCCUGAAGUGUACACCCCCGAGCCAAACGCGUUUCUUGGGGAACUUGGCACGAAAGGCUGGCAGAUAACAAUCAGGAGCGAUAACUUCCGCUUCCGGUGCGCCGGGGGCAAGCGGAAUGUAAACACAGUCCACGGGAGAGGUUAACAAGACCUGAGGCUCCCGGGUCGGUGGUGGGCAGCGUAGGAAGGAAAACCAGGCGACUGAGUGUUGUGGUUAGCUGAAAAAAGAGCUGUUAGAAGUCAGAAUCGAGACUCAACCGGGUUGGCAGAGCCCAGACACCAAGACAGUUUUGAAGAAAAUAUAAAUUGUGCUAAAUGGCUUUGGCAACAGACUCAUGUAUUUUUACCUCAGUGGGCCCUUGACACUGUUUGAUUUCACUACUCAUCACUUAUUGGUGCUUUUCAUAAUCUCCACAAAUGGCUUCCUUUGGGUGGAAGAGGAAAAUUGGUGAGAAAGUCUCAAAGGUCACUUCCCAGCAGUUUGAAGCUGAGGCUGCUGAUGAGAAGGAUGUCGUUGAGAAUGAUGAGGGGAACUGGCUUCAUACCAUGAAACGUAGGAAAGAAAUUCUCCUUGAAGGCUGUGCUGAAAAAAGCAAGCAGCUGAAGGAUGAAGGAGCCACUUUGGCUGAAAAUAAAAGGUAUCGGGAGGCAAUUCAGAAGUGGGACGAAGCACUACAAUUAACCCCAAAUGAUGCUACCCUGUAUGAAAUGAAAUCCCAGGUCCUAAUGUCUCUUCAUGAAAUGUUCCCAGCAGUACAUGCAGCAGAAAUGGCUGUCCAGCGAAAUCCACAUUCAUGGGAGUCUUGGCAAACUUUGGGACGUGCUCAGCUUGGAUUAGGAGAGAUAAUCCUGGCAAUUCGUAGUUUUCAAGUAGCCCUUCAUAUCUAUCCAAUGAACCCUGAAAUAUGGAAAGAAGACCUUUCUUGGGCAAGAACACUCCAGGAGCAGCAGAAGGCAGCACAGAGAAUUAAGAAGAGUGAAGCACCCCCUGAAGUAACACACUUUUCACCAAAGUCAAUUCCUGACUAUGACUUUGAAAGUGAUGAGAUUGUUGCUGUUUGUGCAGCCAUUGCUGAAAAACAGAAGACAGAUUCGGCAAAUAAAACAAUGGUUAUUGUAUCGGCUUCAGGGGCUGUAGAGACCGUAACUGAGAAAGAAGAUGGUGCUACCCCACCAGAUGGCUCUGAUUUCAUCAAAGCACGAUGAAGCAGUAUGCAUAGAGGAAUGAUUUGAAUCUUUUGGAUUGCCACUGAAAGUUUAGACAUAGAGACAGCUUACUCUGGAGGAAGCGGGCAAAACACCUGUUUUGUAAAAUAAGUUUUUCAGAUGAGGCAUAUAAAAACUAAAUGGUAGACUUAUUGUAUAGUGUUUAUGCAUACUUUAAUAAGUUAUGAUUUAUACUACUAAAGAUUAGAAUUCUGAGCAAAAUGGAUUUUGAUUAAUAAACUCAAUCCACAUAUGUAAACGAAUACAUUUUAAAGACAAAUUAACCAGUGUAUUCUUCAAUAGUGAAUAAGUGGGUGGUUAGCCUUGUUGAUUUUUGUUUUAUGAUAAAGAAGUAAGUGAUUUCUUUCCCACCUAGGAUAUACUGCUCUUACUAUUCCCUCCUCUGUUUUUCUUGCUUCAUUAGAGUGAGUGUAUCGCAAAGCUUAAAUACUUUUGAUGUUCAUUUUGAUUCAAAGUUAUUACUUAGUCAUGUAGAAUCAUUGAAAGUUUGGCUUAAAAGGCAUUCAGAUGUGUAUAUUCUGAAUAUUUUCUGAAGUUCCUUAGUCUGAUUUGUGCUUUGUUUUGAAUUUAAAGUUAUGAUGA